GGAGACACACCGGCCACUUCAUUGAAGAAAACGACUAAUCUUAAAAACAGUGAAACUUCAAGAGUGCCGUGCAGAUCGAAAUGGGGGAUAAUUGUGGGGCUUCGGCAAGAAAUGAUGCUGAAUACUCCGACAGCGACUCAGAAACCGACUGGAUGCCUUUUACGGGAACAACUCCAGACCUGCCACACUCACAAAACUGGGACAGCGGCGGCUUCGUAUCUCCCUUCCAAGCAACCCCUGUGAAUAAAAUAAGGUCCAUCUUGCAACAUUUAAACCUCAGCGAAGCCGACGUGGUGUACGAUUUAGGAUGCGGCGACGGACGAGUUCUCGUUGAAUGCUCCCGGAUAACCAGCUGCUCUGGCGUCGGCAUCGAUCUGGAUGAUUGCUUGGUGCAACGUGCGCGCGCGAAUGCUGAGCGGCAUAAUGUCCAUCGUCGCGUCACAUUUUCAAAAGCGGACUUCUUGGACCCCCAGCUUAAUUUUUCUGCUGCAACCGUCUUGUUUCUGUAUCUUCUUCCGGACGCGCUUUCUAUGCUGCUCCCCAGCCUCGAAAAACUUGCGAAUGACAACAACUCUCGACUCAAGAAAAUUGUAUCUGUGGGCUGGCCUCUUCCAGGGGUCCGAGCGACAAUUAGCGACACGGUUGAGAAGUUUUACAUAUAUGAACCUGAUGCGCUUCGGUCCCACGCAAUAACAUCUGCAUUACGGGCUCUGCACGAAUAACUAAGAGCCAGAGGCUCCGCGUCUUCCCGCGGGUUUCACGCACGGUUCGUCUAGGGAUUCUGUAGUGUGCCACCGUCUCAUUUGUCAGGCAACUAGCAUGCCCAUGUGGUGAGGACCCUUGAUCUUUCGAAGAGCCAGGAAAAAGCUCUGAGUAUCGUUCAACUCCUGUUUUUGCAAGGGGAAUGCUUCUGAGAAAUAGGGUUCAACAGGCUUGUCUUACUCGCUCGGCCUCCGUGGAUCCACUUUCACCUUCAUACUUGGCUUCUUCGAUUUUUCUACCAAGCUCUUCCUGCAGUAUUGUGGACUGGGUCUCGCUCGUUUCUGUGGCGGUUUCUGUUAUACACGCACCUCCUCCGCAACAAGCUUUUCUAGGUUGACCCCUUCGUGCUGGAGGAGAUUCUUUGCAGCGGCCACUCUUUCCUGGCUCACAGCUUUAAAGGAGGUUACAGGUGUAUUGUAGAUUGACAGCAUAGUUUUGUCACACUUGCCUGACAUCUCUGCCUCCUCGUGCUUAUCCUUCUCUUCCUAAGAGAAGUGAAAUGAAGUACAUCUGCACUGAAGUCUAAUGUAUCGCAACUAAUGUCCACGAACCUCUUCUCUCAACCUGACAGGGAAAAGUCCGAAUUCUGCUGAAGUUGGUUUAUGUAGUAUUUCUUACUCAUGCCUUGCAUCUUCUUCAGCUUCAUUAGCGAGUGCCGCUUUCUGAAGACUGCGUCGUAGUUUGAUCUCUCAGGUCCGUGGCGGUGAACGGUUACCUUUUCCGCUGCUACUAACUUCUUAUCUUCUGAUUAACAAUGAAUGUAAGAG